ACCUUCAGGGCGAAACGGCGAUUGGUCCGCUUUGUCUCGCUCCUUCGCCCUGAUUGGUCCUUGCUUUACUCCCCCUCAUUUCCGGUUCCCAGGCAGGAAGGCGCAUCAUCAGAUUUUGCUGGGGCUGGUUCCACGCCCCUCGACAAGGACAGACUUGAGAUGGCUGCGGUGGGUUCCGUCCUGAGGUGCGGUUUUCGAGGAGCCCUGGCGUUGCCCCAGCAACAGCGGGCCUGGAGCUCUGGCGCCGACCAGGUACUGGGCUGGGGUGAGGUGGGCAGCGGAGGGCUUCGGGGCCGCGAAAGGCCUCGGCAGGCGCGGUUGGAAGAGGGAAGCGAAUCUGGAGCCUGAUCCUCCUUUUUCUCCCCUUGUUUCCCCUCUUCCCUCCCUCAGCUGGGCGAGCUGGGCAAAGGUGCUGGGAAGGGCGGCGGCGGAGGCGGCGCCGUCCGUGAAGCUGGCGGGGCCUUUGGGAAGCGGGAAGCCGCCAUGGAGGAGCGCUACUUCAGGUACAUGUCGACAUCUUCUUUCCUCCCUCCACCCCCGCCAUCCUACCUGCUGCCUAAAUGUACUGGUGGAAGCGUCACGCCUAGUUCUGGGUCGUGCCCACGUAGUGGCUACUAAAAGACGGAUCUGCAACUUGUACUUUUGUAUUUUUGGAUAUAGUUUUUGGGAGAGGAGGCGUUCGUAGGAUUUGUUCAGCUCCUCUCUCUCUUUUGGCCUUGUGUGCCAAAAUAAACUGGCGAAUUGUUUUAGGUUGCUGGAUUAUUAUUUUAGUGGAUUGUGUUAUUUACCUAGGUGUUGUGUGUGGAUUUUUUUUGGUAAAUUCUUUGUUAUAAUGUUUUAAAUAUUGUUUAAAACUUAUCAUGUUUUUGCCACUUAAAAUGCAGGACAUACAUUUAUUAAAGGAAAUGCCUGUCCCUUUCUUUCUCCCCUGCUUUUGGUGACUCGGUGGAAGCAAACUAAUGGGCUUUUUUUUUUUUUUUUACACAAAACAGUGACUUUGCUUUAUGUACAUUUUGAACUCUGCACAGAAAUGCCAUAGACUCCAGUCCCUGAAUUGUACGGACGUUUAGCCCCAUUGAUCACAUUUUUGCUCUGUUUGUGUAAAUGAGCUACCUGCUCCUCUAUUAAGAAUAGCACUUCACUCAUCCGAUGUUGGAUAUAGAUUAUAAAAGCUUAUACCACAAUAAACAAAUUUAGUUAUUGCACUACUUUUUUUUCUUUUAGUUUUUGUUCUUUUCUUCUUAGAGUUAAAUUGAAACAUAAAUCAUGAUGGUUCAUCUUUCUCUUCUUCCCCUGCCCCAGCCUUUAAGGAGAUGGGCUGAGGUGGAAAUGUGAUUUGAUGCAGAAAAACAGCAGAAGGGGGAAGAUUGAGUCUUUUUAAUGUUUUUGUCUUCUCAAAAAAUUAAUAAUCAUCAGUUCAGGGCUUUUAUUACAGACAAUUUAUUGUAAUAUGUAGCUUGGCAUGUGGCUGUAGUAGUUGCAAGCAUCCUCAGAGGCUUACUUAACUCAGUGGAACUUGUGUAGAAGUAAAUGUGGAAGGAAUGCUUAGUCUUUUUAUUCCAUUGAAGAUACUUAAUGACAGGUACUAUCUUAGAAAGUUAACCAAAAGCCAGUGCAGUAUACUGGUUACACUAGAGAAUUGGACUAGGAAGACCCAACACUAUUAUUUCUCAGCCUAAGGUGCAAGAUUGUGAUGGGAAAGAACCAUCACAAUGGCUUGAGCUCUUUGAAGGAAAGGCAGAAUAUUAAUGUAGUAAUAGUAAAUAUUACAGGAAUCAAACUCCGUGGCAAACCUUGGAAAACAGCGGUUGCUUAACUGCCUACCUUAUGGUUUGUUUUGUGCCCUCUGAAUGAGCUGGACUAUUUUUAUUAUAUUGCUGUAUCUGCUGACUGUGGUGUAUGGGGUGUUAGAGGAGGGGUAGUACCUCUAGUGGUUGACACACACUGUGCUCCUUCUGGGGUAGGUUGUCCAUCUUUGGUCCCCACCAUGCACUCAAUUAUCUGUGGCUCCUAUAAACUGUCAGCAUGCAACAACAGCCACAGCCCUGGAAACAGCUUCAACUGGUCAGCUAAACCAGGUGAGGGUAGCCAAUGGGUCUCAAACCGUCAGUGGGUUAUGGACUUCCCCUGCAUGCGAAGACAGGCUCUGGCAGAUAGGGCAUACAAGACGUUUAGAGUACAUCAGCAAGACCAAGAGGGAGUUUUUGUUGUCUGGGCAGCCCAGGUUCUCCAUACACACAGCCCAGGCUUCCGCCCCGGAGAAAUCACAUUGGUGUUGCUAAUGCAGCGCAAUCCAUUGUCUCUCAAGAUAGACAGAUGUCAACAAGUAUCUGCUGAAUAUGGGUGAAGGUGUGAAAUGGUGAGGCUGCACCUACAAUUGUACACAUCUAAUAGGCUUGCUAAGGUUGCAUAUGUAGAUGGGGGUACACUGCAUUGCCCUAUCUUUUGUGCAUUGUCUUUAGCUGAAACUUGAAUGAUUAGCUGUGGUAAUCUUCAUUAUUAAUUCAUACCAUACUAUUGCAGGGAGAAAGAGAGAGAACAAUUGGCAGAAUUGAAAAAACAUCAUGAAGAUGAAAUACAACAUCAGAAGAAAGAAAUAGAGCGCCUGCAGAAGGAAAUUGAACGCCAUAAGUACAAGCUCAAGAAGCUUACUGAUGAUGAUUAAGUAAAUUCCGUCCUUAUCGGUGUGAGAUGUAUCUGGCAUUGCUUUAAAUAUGGUGUCUGCCGACAUCCAAGGUCUUGCUCUUAUCACAGUCUGAAAUAAACAACUCACUCUCUUCCUGCUCA